AUGUCAAAUCUUCGACUGUUUGCGUCGAUCGCCACUGUGUUGGUUCAGGGUACAAACGCGUUACACUUCCAGAAUGCUGUAGAGGCGGAGCCGGCUCAGAAGCAUUUCCCCGUUUGCAGUGCCAAAGACAGGAAGCAAUAUGCGGAUCACGAUAGCGAUGUCAACUUCGUUGCUGUUAUGAAAGGUGAAUGAUCGUAUUUACCGGUAUUUACUUAAUGAUCGAGGCAGUUGGUAUUGGUUGUACUGACUUCUAGCGUCGAUCUUCAUAUUACAUACUUAUGAUCUUCAUCCCCCGAAAAAUCGAAAUUCCCUUUUAGCACCUAUUUCUAGGACUAUGUUCACACCUAUUCGUAGACUCAUUACAACUUCAAUUGUAUGAUUGACACCACAAGUCAAAAUUUGUCUCCUUUCAUUCCCAGCAAGGACAAGAAAAAGAGCCGUGAUGAAGGAAAGGUCCCGUUUGUGACAGGCAAGGGGUUGGCAAAGAUGCUAGAGGAGCAGAAGCCCUUUUUAGUGGUCUUUUUCGCGAGCUGGUGCCCUCAUUGUCAGGUACUACUUAAGUUAGGCACUUCAUCCGUCCUCUCUUCCACUACUUCGUUUUUUGUCACUUCUGCGACAUGGAAGGUGGAUCAAUUCCUAUCCUAUCCUAUCCUAUCAUGGAUCCUAUCCUAUCCUAUCCUAUCCUAUCCCAUACUUCAAAUGCUCAAAUUGUUCAAGGUCGUCGUCGAGCACGGGGUCGAUGACGACAGUAUCGAGACAGCACCACUCGAACUUGCUUUGGCGGCAUUGCAGGGGAAGAAGUCAGAGGUAGCCGUCGUAAAAUUCGAUGCGAGUGAUCCAGCUUCUCUUUCCGAUAUCCCACAAGCCUUCGGAGCGGUCGAGGCGUUCCCGACUGUAGCGGGUAUCACCAGCGAAGGCAAAUUGAGGGCCUUUGAACAAGACCCUAGGGUGGCAGCAAACUUAGAGGCUUUCGCGGAAGCUUUGGUGAAGUGA